ACACGGACACAGAGCGGAAUCACGAUCAUCCUCAAGCCGCCACUUCUGGUCUCUUGUUCCCGGACACUGCCUGACAGGUGAACCCGCCCGUGUCCCCUUCACGGCCGCGUCUCCCCACGCCGAUGAGACAGCCUCAAAUCCACCAGUGAACGACUUAAAACCGCCAAAGUGAACCAAAUCUGACCGAGUGGACUUUUUUUUCUUCUUCCUCUCCUGCGGCACGUCUCUCCUCUCUCGGGCCGAGAUUCCCACGGAGCCGCUUCCUGCGAGACCCGGAGGAGCUCAUCUUCCCGCAGACUCCCGCAUCUCUCCGCGUCUGUAGCUGACUCAUUUCGCCGCGCUCGGGACCAUGGCGGAGUACAGCUCCCUGCUCAGCGACCUGUCUGAAAACAUCACCAACGAAGACUUGGAGCAGCUCAAGUCGGCCUGCAAGGAGGACAUCCCCGAGGACCAGAGCAACAACAUCACCUCCUCCAAGGAGUGGUUCAGCUACCUGGAGAAGAACGACAAGCUGGCCCAAGAUAAUCUGUCGUACAUCGAGCACAUCUUCGAGAUUUCGCGGCGACCGGACCUGCUGACGAGGGUGAUCGAGUACCGCACCACCGUGCUGAAGAUCUCUGAGGACGACGAGAUCGACACCAAGCUCACGCGCAUCCCCUCAGCCAAGAAAUACAAAGACAUCAUCCGCCAGCCCUCUGAAGAUGAGAUCAUCAAGUUGGCCCCUCCCCCUAAAAAAGUGUGAGGUCACGAUCCCCAGCCCUGAUCUUUGCACCUUGAUUUCUUCACUCCCGGCACUCCAAUCAACCGACCAACCGUCUCCGACCAGUCCCAUCACUCCCCCACCUCACCCCCUUUACACACACACAUACACACACACACAACCACCAAACA